AUGGCCAAUGAAGUGAUUCCCGCAAAUGAAAUUAAAUUCGAAAAGUUUUGUAGCAUCUUAGAACAGCUGCAAAAGAGGAAAAGGCAAAGACAAGAACAAGAUAAAAUAUUGGGAAACUUUAUAAAUGAAUGUAAACUGAGUGCGUCACAAGUGGUAGGGAAAAAGAAUGCUACUUUAUUCCCAAUCCUAAGACUGCUGCUGCCAAAACUAGAUAGAGAGAGGAGUGCUUAUAAUUUGAAAGAAAGCAAACUUGGCGUGUUACUUGUAAAAGUUCUGUCACUUUGCAAACAAUCUCGCGAUGCGCAGAAGUUACUGAAUUACAGAUCAGUAAAUAACUCUCAGGACAGCGAUUUCCCUGGAGUUGCAUACUUUGUUUUUAAAAGUAGAAUGAAACCAAAAUCUGAGGACAUAACUGUUGGUGAUAUUAAUGGCAUCCUGGAUAACAUCGCCGCAGCUGAAGUUGGGAUGAAGGCGUCGGUUCUCGAUGAAACGUUCAGCCAAGUUAUAAGUAAAGUGACUGCAGACCAGAUGAAGUGGUUCCUCAGACUUAUACUCAAAGAGCUCAAAUUGGAGAUGGGGAGUAAUCGCAUAUUGGCUCUAUUUCACCCUGACGCUCCCGAAUAUUAUGAAACCUGUGGCCUAUUGUCCAAGGUGUGUGAAGAGCUCGGUGAGGGCGAUUCUCGUCCUUUGGAGCUGGGAAUAGAGAUGUUUCAUGCAAUUAGCCCGAUGCUGUCCGAACGACUCGACGUCAAGAAUAUCGCCAAACAACUGUCCUCGGACAAAACUUAUCAGAUUGAGAACAAGUUUGACGGUGAAAGAUUUCAAAUACACAUGCUAAACGGAAAAUUUGAAUAUUUUUCGCGAAGAGGUUUUUCCUUCACCAAAAACUAUGGAGGCAGUUAUGACUCUGGCCUGUUGACGCCUCAUUUAAAGGACACCUUCUCAUCUGAUGUUACCAGCUUUAUUCUAGACGGCGAGAUGAUGGGUUGGCAUAAACAGUACCAGUGCUUUGGGUGUAAAGGAAUGGCUUUUGACGUUAAGAAAAUAACAGAGAAUUCGAGGUUCCAACCAUGUUUCUGCGCCUUCGAUAUUCUGUACUACAAUGGUAGAACAUUAGUUGGGCCUCCAGAGAAAGGAGGGUUGCCACUUAGAGAACGACUUCUUAUUUUGGACAAAGUGUUUACUGAUAAAACUGGAGUCAUAAAACAUAGUGAUCGGAAGACAUUGUCUAAGGCGACCAUUUUCCCAGAGAUUUUGGAUGCUCUAAAUAAGGCGAUAGAGAAUCAAGAUGAGGGCAUAGUGGUGAAAGAUGUGGAUUCGUACUACAUUCCUAAUCGACGUAAUGCUGGAUGGUACAAAAUUAAACCUGAGUAUACAGAAGGUGCCAUGAGUGACCUAGACUUUGUGAUUAUCGGUGCUGAUGAGGCUGAGAACAAGAGGCAAGGUCGCGCCAAGAGUUUCCACGUCGCCUGCAGCGAUGGAGCUAGCCCUGGUAAAAUGCCUGAGCGCUGGAUAUCAAUAGGUCGGGUAUCUACUGGCUUUACGUUUGACGAGCGAGAGACCCUAUGUGCCACAUUGGAACGCAACUGGACGUCCUCUAGACAGACACCAGCACCAUCUAACUUGAGUUUCAGUAAAAAUAAACCUGACUUCUGGAUCCUACCUGAACAUUCCGUCGUGUUAACGGUUCGAGCGUCUGAGUUGGUUCGUGCAUCAGGUUUUGGUACGGACUACACACUAAGGUUUCCACGCGUCACAAAAAUAAGAGAUGAUAAACCCGUUCAAGAUGUCAUGACACUAAUGGAGUUCCAAAAUCUUUGUGCUAACAAAGGACCGGUAGUAAAAUUGAGUACCAAUCAAAUAAAUGGGGAUGAAAUAGCCGAAGUGAAACCUCGAGCGAAGCGGAAGAUAGAGGCGCCGAAGGUCCCAGAGCAGUUCCAGAUCAGAUCUCGUGGAGAUGUGGAAGCCACUUCGAAGGCUCUUCUCGGAAGGAAGCUGUGCAUACUGUCCGAAGAUGUCGACUGUACACGACAGGAACUUUGCAAGAUCAUUGAAACACACGGCGGAAAAGUUGUCGCUAAUGUCGGUCCGGACACAUGGUGCGGGGUAGCGGGUCAGCAAACCAGUCGUGUACGUAGUGUAAUUGAAUCACAACGCCUGGAUGUACUGAGCACCGCCUGGUUACGUUCUCUGCCCUCGGCUGAAGCACCCGUGCAGCCUCCACCGGUACAUAUGCUGGCCAUCAAACCUGCCACGAGACUAACCCUCGCCAGACAUUAUGAUGCUUAUGGAGACAGUUACACAGAACCAACUGACGAGGAAACUCUGAGGAAGGUAUUCGAUAAAAUGGAUGGUGAUGUACAAAUCUACCUCACACAUCAAGAGAUGCUGAAUUUAGACAAGGAGAUAUUUGGGGACAACAAUCCGCAUUCAUUCUUGCGUCCUUGCUCCAUACAUGUGACGGAGCUGGAAGGUCUUAACGCGAUUCUGGCUUCGAUGUACGGAGCCAAUGUUCUUGAUACUCCGUCCACAGACUGCACACAUAUUGUAGUCCCAAGCAAUAUUGAAAAGACUGAACUAGAUAGUCUUAAAACGUAUAACGCAAUGGUUGUAAGUGAAAACUGGCUUGAAGCUUGCUUUUCCGAAAAAAAAUUAGUGCCUGAAGCCGAAUUUCUUAUGUGA